UUAUUAUUAAAAGGACCGCAAAGAUGGCUGCCCCUGCAAGUGGCAAUGGAGACUUUUCUUAGUGACAUAAUAAAUUAGUAUUAACUGAAGGCACUGUAGUUAGAAAAUAUGGGUUUUAUUCGACACGUCGUGUGCGCGAUGUCCGGAGGAGUGGACAGCUCUGUCGCCGCGUUGUUACUGAAGAGAAGAGGUUACAGUGUCACAGGGGUUUUUAUGAAGAACUGGGACUCCCUGGAUGAGAGUGGCGUGUGCAACACAGAGACAGACUGUGAGGACGCCUACAAGGUCUGUCAGAGCCUGGACAUCCCCUUCCAUCAAGUGUCUUACAUCAAAGAGUACUGGCAUGAAGUGUUCAGUAAACUGUUAAAAGACUAUGAGAAGGGGAGGACGCCAAACCCAGACAUACUAUGCAACAAGCACAUCAAAUUCAACCAUUUCCACAAGUAUGCCAUCGACACGCUGGGUGCUGAUGCCAUGGCAACAGGGCACUACGCCCGGACGUCACAGGAAGACGACGAGGUGUUCGAACAGAAGACCACAGCGCCACAGACAAAUCUCUUCAGAGAUCGUUUUGAGAUCAGAAAUCCGGUGAGGAUGUAUCAAGCAGCCGAUCUCUUCAAAGACCAAACCUUCUUCCUCAGUCAGAUCUCCCAGGAUGCCUUGCGACAAACCAUGUUCCCGCUGGCCGGACUCACCAAAGACUUUGUCAAAAAGAUUGCUGCGGAGGCAGGGUUUCACCAUGUGCUGAAGAAGAAGGAGAGCAUGGGCAUCUGCUUCAUUGGAGAGAGAAACUUUGAAAGCUUUAUUUUGGAGUAUCUGGAACCUAAACCAGGGAAUUUAGUCUCCCUUGAGGACGGGGCUGUUAUUGGAACACACAAAGGCUGGUUCACUAUGACGCUGGGCCAGAGGGCCAAAAUUGGAGGGCAGAGAGAACCUUUUUUUGUGGUUGACAAAGACAUCACUACUGGGGAUGUGUUUGUGGCUCCUACUACCAACCACCCGGCUCUCUUCCGUGACAUGAUGCGGACGGACCGCUUCCACUGGGUAACGGUCGAACCGCCUGCUGAACUAGUCAAGACCCAGAUGAUGGAGUGUCGUUUCCGCUUCAUCCACCAGAUGCCACUCAUUCCCUGUACAGUGACACUGAACAUGAACGGCUCUGUGUGGAUCUCUCUCUCCAGACCAGUCCGAGCUCUGACACCUGGACAGUUUGCCGUGCUCUACAAAGGAGACGAGUGUCUGGGCAGUGGGAAGAUCAUCCAGCUGGGGCCAAGUGAGUUCACCCUGAAGCAGGGCAGAGAGCGCCUGUUAGCGGCCGCUCAGCAGCAGCAGGAGCAGCAGACCCCUGAACCGGCCAGCUGAGAGGACCCCCCCGCCAAGCUGUGGUGGAAAAGAGCUCUGUCCGGUACAUUAGGUAGAGCACACUGUUGAAGAAGAAAAACUGUCUCUUAGAAACAGCUUUGUGACAAAGUGUCUGCUCCGGACUCACUUUUAAAAAACAGUAAACAGGUUUUUAAUUGCACACAUUUGAAAUAUCAACAUUUUUGAUACGACAAAAAUGUUCAUUUCUGUAAUACGUUUAGUGUUGGAGACUAAAAGGUUAUCUACUAGCUGCUAAGAAGAACCAUCUGUAUUCAAGCCAAGGUGUAUUUAGCAGGGGAGAAUGGGGGGCUGCAUUUGAACUAAUAUAAGUGUUCUUUUUACUGUAGUACUUUCUGGAGCAGCCCCAAGAGUACGUACUGUUGCAUGCAGUAUGUAUUCGGGACAUACUACCUCAUCCUGACAUUGCAACUUGAACUUUAACCCCCUCUCGUUCAUAUAUCCGUCAAGUCCGUAGCAUGAUGAGCGGUCCUCAGGAUGUCUGUGCUCUCUUGGUGCCUCAGUCGAUGUGACCUAUCUUCUGCUUUGCAGAGGAUUGUGGGUCAGAAUAGCAAGGAAAUCAUGCUGCCUCGCGUGCAGCAAAAUGCAACCUGAUGCAGUACGAUAUUCUUUUUGCAUACCCUUUAGACUUCCUAUGAAUUGGCACAAAAAAAAAAUAUUUUCAGGCAUGCGUACAGGGUAUGCAACACACCCUAUAUAUAAUAAGGAACCAAAAUACAAAAAAUAAGAUGGUUCACAGACCUGUAGUAGCAUUUCUUUUAAAUUUCAAUCCACUUUCUCUACAUCCAACAUGCAAAUAGAUCUAUACUGACACCACAGAAAUCACUGUCAGAUAUACAGUACUACAUUUCUUUCUGCUUGUCGCUCACUUUUUGGUUGUGUUCAGCCCUAAAAUAUUUGUACUCGUGGUCUGGAAGUCUUUUCUCAAAGGUGUUUUAGGUCUGAGCCCUUAAAAUAUAGGAAACCUGAGGGGGAAUCAGGGAAAUGGAUUUGAACUUUAAGCUAGCAGAGGGUUAAUAGUUGUAACUGAUGGUUGACCCAAUUUCGGGGCCUGUUACCUGUGAAUGAAAGUGACACUUAUUUGUUCUUGUUUGUUCUCUGUAAUGUUAUUUCGACCUUAUUUUUCUGUAUGUUUGUUCUAUCAUUUCUGAGACUUUCCCUCCUGUCCUUUACCUUUUGUAUGACUGUCAGUAAUGUUCACCAUACUUCUGUGCCAACCUACAUAUGUUAAGAUAGGAAUCACCUUGACAUUUUUUAUCCUUGUCAAAAAGGAAGAUGCUUUUGACUCAUAUGAUGAUAAAUUACGUGAAUAAUGUGGACUAAAGUAGAAACAAGGUACCGAGUAGUCACUCUGCACCAGAAAUGAUGUCCAAAGUUGCAGGUAAACAGGAGAAAGUAAACACUAAAAACAUGCAAGAUAAUGAACAAUUAGAACCGAAUAUGAUGAAUAAACCAAGUAUGUUUAAUAUAUAUAUAUAUAUUUUUUAAGCUUUUCAGUUUCGAUUGUUGUAAAUAUUUGAAAGACAAUUACAUCAUUCAUCUCAGCUGUUGAUUCAUUGCUUUUAACUGUCAUUUAUAUAUUGGUUUUAAAUGUAGGAUUUUAAAACAAAAAAAAUGGAAAUAAAAUAUGGAAUACAAAUAAUUGAAGUGCCUUAUCUCAUCGAAUGGCAAUGCAAUAUGAGUCCUUCAUUUAGUACCAACUGUAAAUACAUAAAAAUGUACCAAUGAGUGAAUAAACCUUAUUAGUGGUGUGAUGACUUUUUUCCCUGUCCCAUAUACCGAAAGAUUCCCUGCAGACUUGUUAAUAAAUAUGAGAUAAGAAAUACAUUAUUUGAUGGGUUGUCCUACAGUUAUUGGUCCACAAGGGGGCGCUGU